UUCGCCGCAUUUAAUUCUUCCACCACCAUUAUCACCGUUACAACAUCCAAUAAACUAUCUGAGACAACAGUUGGGGCAAUCAUCAUCGCCAUCAACUGCUGCACCUGAAUUCACAUCAUUAACAGCCACCAGCGAAGCAUAUAGCGGUAUAGAAAUAGAUCGAAAAGGGAGCACGGCAUCCAGACGAUCGCAGAAUACGCUUUCGGUCAUGGAUAAAUUUAAAUUUGGACUUCAUCCUGGUGGUGGAAGUAGUGGCGGUGAUGAUAAUGAGGAUUACGAGGAAUUAGUGAAUAAAGAUAGUGUAGGCGGCGGCAAUGUCAAAAAGAAGGUGUCGAGAAUAAUCCGAUAG